AUGUCCACUGUCCGAUGUCCAUCGAAAGCGUUUCAGUUUCGUGACACAUGUGUCUGGUUAGUGAAUCAGAAUAUGACAAGGAAUGCUGCUGAGAAUGGUGUUUGCAGUGACGGUUCGACGCUUGCGGAAAUAUCAUCAUAUGAGUACAAUGAGAUAGUGAAAUAUCUCGUCAGGAUCCGAUGUCAACAGACCAGCUUUGCUUGUCCGGAAAUUUUCUGGACUGGUCUCGAGUACUCGAGCAAACAUUUGGGGUUGGUCUGGCACUCAUCAGGAAAGAUCCUAAAGUCUACAGACUACCAUGAUUUCCGAACAUUUCCUUCGAUUAACAACCGAAGUAUGUGUCUUGGGCUGUACCAGGAAAUUGGCAAAAAUGGAAACUGGGCUACACUGGACUGUAACAGCGAAGGAAUGACAGAUGGUGGGCACGAUAUUAUUUACUUUAGACGAUCUCUGUUCUCAGGAAGGACACUUCCGUUUAAGGACAGCCCAAUACCCACGUGACGUGAUGUCAAGAUCGCUGUUAACCGUUUGGCGGAGGAGGAUUUGAUAGGAGACGGAACUGACACCUGUUGUCUGCCAACCGUCAAGGGCAAAAACCACGACCUCAAAUCUAUCUCAGCUUACACGUGAUCAUAUUCAAUGUCCGAUAUCCUGAACGGAAGAUAGGAUGACGUUAUCAGCGAGUCCCGAAUCAUCGACUGUCGAUAUCUAUAUGAGUAUGAGGGCGGUCAUAUCCUGAGUGCUGUGAACAGAUACACACGUGACCAGGUCCAACAACUCCUUCACGAGAAAUGCAGCCAUGACGUCACCGGAAAGAGAAACAUAAUCAUCUACCAUUGUGUCUCCUCCGAGAGGGGACCUAAGAUGAUGCUAUUCUUGAGGACCCAAGACCGCUCCCAGAACGAGGCUAACUACCCAGCCUUGACCUUUCCCGAGGUUUACCUCCUGGAUUGGGGAUUUAAGUCCUUCUAUCAGACAGACAAGAAUUUAUGCCACCCAAUGCAUUACAAGUCCAUGCCACAUCCUGGUCACUAUGAGGACCUGCGUCACUUCCGGUCGAAAUUCAAAUCUUGGUCUACUGAAGACAAGAAAAUAAAUAUGUUUCUACGUCACGUUAGAUGUUUUUCUUACUCGUACUGCCGAAGAAUAUCGAAUAUACCAGCAGUUGGAUGUCAUAUCCCAGAUACGUUCUGUCUGCGAAUUGAAAGAAUUAUUUAG